AUGGUUGUAUUAUAUUCUAUGCUCAACGUAGCCGGCAUAAAUUUACAUGUGAUAUACUGUGCUAAUAACCCCAAUGUAGACUUGGUCAGGAGGAAGUAUCUACGUAAACUAGCACAUGAACUGACACAUGAACACCGUCAAUACAGAGCUACUAUUAGAAAUAUUUCGCCAGAAGUAAGAAAACGACGUCGAGAAGCUGUAGGCACACCUGAUGAAACUAGAGAACAUCCAUUGCCAGGAAAAAGAAGAAGAUGUGAAGAAUGUAAGGGCUAG